AUAUAUCUCUGUCACAGCCAAUGGCAUUCCUUACUCAUGUUUGUUUUUCGUGCUUCCUUGUAAUUUCAGAUGAUUAAAAUGAUGGUGACUGUGGUGAUUGUCUUUACAAUGUGUUGGCUACCGUUCAAUAUACUGUCCCUACUUUUAAAUGACGAAGAGGUUCGAAGUUGGGGAGCAUUACCGUAUGCCUGGUUUGCCGUUCAUUGGCUGGCGAUGUCACACAGUUGCUACAAUCCCAUCAUUUACUGCUACAUGAAUGCCCGUUUCCGCGGUGGUUUCCUGCAGAUAAUUUACCGUGUGCCCGGCCUGAGACGCUGCUGCUGUCUGCGGCGAUAUUUGCACACGCGUGGCGAUCGUAGCUAUGAGACCACUGGAACGGACGAUGCAUUCCACCUGCAGCGUGUGAACACAUGCACCACAUUCAUCAGCACAAGGCGAAAGUUGCGAACGAAUUCUAUGCAAACGAGUCAAUCUUCAUGUGCGGAAACAACGGUGUUGCGGUAGUGCCAGGCCCCACUUAGGCAAUUAGAACCGGAUAAUUUGAAUAAGUUUAUGUAAACAUAAUAGAAAUC